GCUUUGAGCGCAGAUGACGAUUACAAAUCUGACACUGAAUCAGCGAUAAAAUGGGACGUCUCUAACCUAUGAUUGGCCUCUUUUUCGCUGUAAGGAAGUUGGCACGGUGUAAGCAGGGAGUGACUCGUAUUUGUCAACACCCCCGACUGGCAAACGACCAACUCUCCUUCUCACACAGAGGACAUACUUUGGAAAGAAAAAAAUAUUGUAAUAAAAAUAAUAAGAGGGUCCGGGUGACUUCACCAUGGCCAGCUCCGCGCUGAGGCAUUCACUCGACUGGGAUGAAACAGAAUGUCUCAGGUUUUACGGGUUGCUGUCCCUCCACGAGGUCUUCAAAGUUGUCGGCUCUCAGCUGACAGAAACCGACAUCGACGUGCUCUCCUUCCUUUUGAGUGAAACCUGCGCUUCCGUUCAUCCCUUGGACCCCACUGGCUGGACGGUGAAGCCUGACGAAGACGACCCGCUCGGCCCUGGCGAGGCCCCGAGUCCCGAGCUCCUGGCGGCCUGGAGGCGCAUGCAGUCGCGGGUCUCCCCGUGGCCUGCGGUGGCUUGCUUCAAGCCCAGGAAUGGCUUGGAAUUAUUGCUGGAGCUGGAGAGGCGAGGGUAUAUGAGCGAAGGCAACCUGGAGCCGCUCUUGCACCUUCUCAGAGUCCUCACCCGACAUGACUUGCUGUCUCUUGUGUCCCACAAGAGGAGAAGAACUGUCUCUCCAGAGAGAACUGACAAGCGAUGCAGGGUGGAACCCAGACAGUUGCUGUGCACCUCUGGCCAUAGGUCGCCUUCCUACAGACAAGCAGAAAUGUCUCUUCCUCCCUCCACACAGCACGUGAGAACAGAUUCCGACCCCAUGGCGACCGGAGGAUUCGUGCCGAGGCAGAGAAGAAGAAAGAGAGGGCACGGCUGGAGUUGCAAGCCCAAGAAGACCAGCAGGCCGUGCCAGCGACUGCCACUGCCGCCGCCGCCUCAAAAAGCGUCAUGCAACAUCCGCCUGAGGGUGCGGGCCGAGUACCUGGAGCACGAGGCAGCGCUGCGCAAUGGCGUGUCUUCGGACAAGCGGCAACCUCUGGAGCGCCAGUUCGAGCUGUUUCGGCAGGCUGACUCGCUGCUACGCGCCCGCGACCUGGGCGCUGUGGUGUGCGACAUCAAGUUCACCGAGCUUGACAACCUGGAAGCCUUCUGGGUGGACUACCUAAGCGGGGCGCUGCUGGAGGCCCUCAAGGGGGUCUUCAUCACCGACUCGCUGAGGGAGGCGGCGGGCUCCGAGGGCGUGCGGCUGCUCAUCAGCGUAGACCAGGAUGACUACGAGGAAGGCCGCCGGCUACUGAGGGCCGGCGGGGCGCCACUGGUGGUGGACAAAGACGAUCGCCGAGGGAUGUAGGUGGACUUUUUAUCAUACCACAUUAACGUGCAUAAUGAUGGCAGGUUUUGCUUUCGUGUGAUACCUCUGGCAGCCGCUAGAUGGCAGCAAGCGCCACUGACAGUAAGCCUUGAACCUUGGUUUUUGAGUUGAGACCACAAAUGCUUUUGAUUUGCAUAUGAAUUCACAUCCAGGUGCUACUGUGUAGGACAGCAGAAAGCGAAAAGUUAGGACGAGGCAGAGCGGAACCAACAAAGAGACACUGGUAAGCCCCGCUUAACCUGAGUCGCAAUGGAAUCAAGGCCAGUUGAGCGUUUACAAAAGGGAUCCAUUCAAAAUGCUUAAGUUUUUUAUUAUUUUGAGGUGUGUGACAAAACUUUGGAGACUGCUGCAAAAUUUGUUCUUUCAAAAUCGAAUCAGUUUGCAAAUCAAUCUUUGAGCCCUAAACUAUGAGAACUUUGUAGUCACUACAGGCUCCAUUUUCUGCUGCCCAGUUUCUUCUUGGAUGAAAACGUCACAGUUCUAAAGUGGAACUCUGGCCAGUACAGUGUUGUACUUACCACCCACCUUAUUAUUUCUGUUGCCCACAGUCUCCCUGUUGUUAAAGUUUGUCUUAUGGUAAUUUUUGGGGACUGGGAAACCAAGAUGAGUUGAAAGAGUUUUUUUGUUUAGCUUCAGAAUCUCACCCUUAGUUUGUCAUACACAAUCUCUGUUUUGCUGCGGUGCUCGAGUUUGAAUGCUGGCCACAUUUUCUGCACGGAUACAAUUUUGUCACCUCCCUGUAAUAUUUUUGAAGUGGAAAAGCCAGACAAGAAAAACUCAUCUUUGCGUCUUAACUUUGGUGACAGCAAAACGCGUCCUCUUAAGAUAAGAUAGGGGAAUCCCGGAUUGUCCUAAGAAGAUAACACCGCAACUUGUGAUGGCUGUGGUCAGUGGUCAGCAGAUGACAUGGUCGAUUAGCUUCCGGCUUCGGCCGACAAGUCAUCGGAGCAGCCCAGAUGAUAAUUUCAGAUGUGUGUGUGUGCGCGCAUGAGAGGUUCCAGUGCUCGGCAAGUCAAACGGGUACAAGACACGACAGUGUGUCAUUCAAUAUGAGUGAUGUCAGGGAGAUCGAAAUCCAAAGACCGCACAUCUGAGCCACGAUCAUCCCCGCGAGAGUGUCUUUAACAGUACGCUGUCUGGUCACCCUGCUGGAACUAAUGCUGGGACUUCACUCGAAGGCCCCGAUCAAUAACGCUUUCGUACGGAAACCACUAGAACGACAAGACCAGCCUGGGCUAAAGGGCUGGACUCUGUAGGCCCAGACAAAAGGUUGUUUGUUUCUUUGUUUUUUUGUAAAUGUAAUUAUGCUUAAAAAAAAAAAAGAUUUCCUGAAAAAUUUGUGUUUAAAGAAAAUAAGGCUUGUCAACUAUUCAUGCUGUUGAACAAUACUAAAAUAAUAUGAGUGAAGACUAAUAAAAUUAAUAAUGGUG